GUCAUGUCUUAUCCUUUUUUUAUGACAGUACUUCUCCGUUAUCUGUAAAAAAAUUCGACGGGUAAAAUGCCUCAGAGAAACUAUCGAAAGCGCCGCGAAGCGGAAGAAAGUGACGAUGAUCAGCAAGAAACAUCUUUAACGAGCGAGGCGUUAGAGGAAAGGAAAGAACUACAACGAUUUCGGAAGCGACAAGCUGGAGUUUCGGCUGUGGCCCUUGCUCUUGGAAAAACUCUUGCACCAGAAGAAGAAGUAGAGAGUGAUCCUUUUAAACUGAAAACAGGCGGGCUUGUUCAGGUGAACGAUUUGAUCCAGGAUAGAAAUCGUGACAGAGAAGGGGAAGACAAAGAGAAAUCGAUUAACUUAGGAGCAAAUUUUGCCGCUGAAACAAACCGAAGAGAUGAAGAUACUCAUAUGUUAAAAUACAUUGAAGAAGAGAUGGCGAAGAGGAAAGGUGUUGCACUGGAUAAAACUGUUCAAAACAAGCCAAAAUCAAAGGAAGAUUUGCUGUAUCAGGUUCCAGAACAUAUCAAUGUCAGGUCAAAGAUAAUGGCAUCAGAAGAAAUGCUCUCGAAUCAGAUGUUAUCUGGUAUUCCUGAGGUGGAUCUUGGCAUUGACGCAAAAAUAAGGAACAUUGAGGCUACAGAAGCAGCUAAACAAGCUGUGAUCGAGGAACAAAGGUACAAGAAAUCAAAAGAACCAACAGAGAUGGUUCCAACCAACAUGGCGGUGAACUUCAUGCUGCAUAGUAGAUUUUAUGAUGAGCAAAAGAAUAUUGAUGCAGAAAGCAAGAGAGCUGCUUCAGCAAGAGACAAGGCACAAGAACAAGAGAAAGUAAUUAGAAAACCAACAGUAAAGGCAGAUGACACUUCAUCAGCAUCAAGCAGCAAAGCACAUGAAACUGACGUUCCUGUAGCUGCUGCUUCAAACAAGAAGAGAACUGGUGACAAAGUUGAAAAAGCCACUGACGAUUUCUUUUAUGAGAAAUUUAAGAAACGAGCAAGAGACUCAUGGAGGUAUCAGUAAGGUAUCUCUGUAUGAUGUUUCCUAUGACAGUGCCUUACUGCUUGUGAAUCACAGCUUUGUUUAAAAGACUGAGGAAAAGAUAAAAUUGCAUCAUACAACAGGUGAACAGAAACAGACAGGCAGCAGAAAUUUACUCUCCUAUCAAGGUUAAUUCUUCAGCACUUGUGGCCCCUUAAAGAGUUCUACAACUACAUACACUUGAAUUCCUAACUGUAUUUUAAAAUAAUUCCUCAUAUUUUACAUCUACUGAAGAAUUUUUCCCUUCAAUGCUCCUCAAUAAAUAUGUCUACAAGAUAGAGAAGACUGUUUUCUUCUGGCGGCUUUCAAGGUUAAAAGAACAUUUUUUGUACCUCACUAAAAUACACAAAACAGUUAAGUCUUGUAACUCAAGAGCCCCAAAACUGCCACACUUCAUCCACAUCUAAAGGACACAAGUUGAUACCACUCUCUUAAGUUUAGUACAAGUCUCCUUCUACCUUUACAGAAGGUGUACAGCCUUUUUUCUCAAACAGCAGCUACUAUCAAGCCUAUGUUUCCCAGGAUGGGAUGCUCGGUAUUUUCAAGUGGCCAUUACAGCUAGUUUUGUAAUUUUUACUGCUAAUAUGUUGAGCAAAGUUCAUGAAAGUAUUUUAUGUUGUUCACUUUGUCAAACAUCACUCACACUUGACAAUGUCUUUGGGCAAAUUUUUAUUUUUAAAGAUUUAAUGUUGACGAAUCACAUUCACCAGAAGAGGCAGAGUCAUUUUGAUUCCACACUUUAUCUUCUUUACUUUUGAUGAUUUCCUGAGUUUUCAAGAAGAUAUUGACAGAAGCAAGAGCUUCUUUGGCCCAGACAGGAAAAAUUUCAUCUGGAAACAUCCUUUUCAUAAAUUUGUGCACAAAUUCAGGAAAUUUGUCCUCCUUGAUACUUCCUCUUAUAUCAUGCAUCAACUUCAUCUGAAACAAAAUGGAAAAAAAAUAGAAACCAAAAUAAUUAAGUCAAAGCAAAUAAACUUGAAUAUUUUUACUGAAUGAAAUUUUUAAAAUUUAAAAAUUGUACCAACACAUUUCUUAUUCCUACUCUGAAGAAUAGCUGAUGGAAUUUCUCUAUAUAUCACAUUGGCUUUUGGAAAGGGAGCAAAAUUUCAUGUAGGGAACCCUCAGAGUAGGAGAAAAAUCAACCCAAUUUAUAAUUAAAGGUUCAGGAAUCAAACCUGAACCACACUCUAACACAUUGAAUUCAUUGUUCUGGCAACUAGUCACAUCAUAUGUUUCCUUUUAAUCUCUCCCACACACUUGUAACCCUCAUUGUUAGUGCGACAGGAUAUAUGUUUUUCCCCCUGCUGGAAGAUUUGAGACUAGUCGGGAGGAGUUUGCUGGGGUCUGGUACCAAUAUCAGUUCCAGACCCAUUGCAGACCUCUUGCUUGUUGCUUUGCAAAAGGCCUCAAACUUUCCUGCAGGCAAAGGAAUGGUUGUGCUGCAGCCCCAAUAAUGAGGGCCUGCUUACAAGAUAACACUAUUUGUCAUUGUUCAGCAUACCUGAUAAUAAAUGUUAUGAAUUGUCAACAAAUGACAAGCAACCUCUUCUCUGCCUAGCAAAGAGUUGAUGUAAGCCCUGGUGUGAUGUUUACAAGCCAAGCAUCUGCAGUCUCUGUCAAUAGGUUCAAAGUCUGUUGCAUAUUGUUUAUUCUUUAAGUGAAGUUGACCCCAAGGUACCAGGGCUGUGCCAAAUCUCUGGAUUUGUAAGAAAAAAAAAUCAGUCAGUAGCUUUACAAGUGGAUUAUCAGUACAAUGAUCUUCAAAAUUCUGGUUGAAAGACCCUUGAAGAUCUUGGCAUGAGUAUUGAAGAUCAUAAUAAAUAUUUCUCUAUUACAAUCCUUGAUAGGAUCCUCAAAAUCCUGAAGAUCCUUUAGGGAAAUUAUAGGCAAGUACUGUAGGAGCAAGACGUAUGAAACAAAAAAAUCCAAAUUUGGCUUUGAGAGUAAGAAACCCUGAACAAUUACACUUAACACUCCCUAAGAUUUAUUUAUUUUUUAUUACUGGGUAAGAGCGAGGAGGAAACUCAGGGGUGGAGACCGGCUUAGCAUGAUCAAAUAACAGCACAACUGUGCAUGCACAUUCUUCAUAUGAUGCUGGAUUCAGGGUUAAUGAGCAAAUAUGUUUUAAAACUGGAUCCCAUUACAACACUAUUUUAAUCUUAUUUAUCCUGAUUGAUCUAAUUUUUUUUUUGUCAGAGUUUAGAAGUAAUGCACUUCAAGUCAAAAUGACUGGACAAAACUUAUAUGAAAUUUGAUACCUAUAUUCUCAGUAAAUGUUUACUGAUCGUUCUCCAUUGAGAAUAUCCUUAUCAUUAUUAUGGAAAAAAUUCAAGAAGAUACCUAAAAGACUCUUACAGAAAAUAAAACAUAGGUUAUUUAGAUUAGAAUAAAUUAACGAUAACACAUUAAAUACUCCACUCUGUUGAGUCAUGCUUGACUGUACAGUAUGUUCACUCUACUUACUGCUGUUCUGGUUGGAUAGACACAGUCAAACAUGUCAACUCCCAAAGCACAGCAAACUACAAGAUCCACAGCAUAGCUUGAGAAAAUAAAAGAGAUAAUUAUAAAACAGAAUAUGAAAAAAUUAGGAAAUUAAUCUUGAUACAUUGCCAGAAUGAUUUUCCAGUAAUUUUUUUCUUAUGAACACCAAGCAAUCUUUGCACAUGACCCUUACCCUACACCCAUAAGAUAUCUUGGUUUGCUCUUUGGUAGAUGAUCUGUGCACAGUGUAACAGUUUUCCAAAAUAAAGACUUCUCUUCUCCACCACUAAGGCCACCAAUGGCAAUACCAGGUGUGUUACGUUUAA